AUGUGGGUAGGGUCUGUGCUAGAGUUACCUCAGUUAGAGGCAUACACCAUCGAAUGUGAAGCUAAGCCGCCAAGAAGAUGUGAGGCCACCAAAACCCAAUUAAAGACACACGCCAUCAAAUAUGAAGCUAAGCCAACAAGAUGUGUGACCUCCAAUACCCAGUUAGAGGCGCAUGCCAUCAAAUGCGAAGCUAAGCCAAGAAGAUGUGAGGCGUCCAAUACCAAGAUGGUGGCGUACGCCAUCAAAUGUGAAGCUAAGCGAAUAAGAUCUAAGCCAAGAAAAUGUGAGACCUCCAAUACCCAGUUAGAGGCGCACGCCAUCAAAUGUGAAGCUAAGCCAAGAAGAUGUGAAGCCUCCAAUACCCAGUUAGAGGCGUACACCAUCAGAUAUGUAACUAAGCCAACAAGAUUUUUUGCCCCCAAUACCAAGAUAGAGUCGCACGCCACCAAACGUGAAGUCUAG